CUAAAACUAGUAGAGAGAGAACAUGGGGAGGGCUCCUUGCUGCGACAAAGCCAACGUCAAGAAAGGGCCGUGGUCUCCUGAGGAAGAUGCAAAGCUCAAGGCUUUUAUAGAGCAGCAGGGCACUGGGGGCAACUGGAUCGCCUUGCCUCAAAAGAUUGGCCUCAAAAGAUGUGGCAAGAGUUGCAGGCUGAGAUGGCUCAAUUACUUGAGACCCAACAUCAAGCAUGGUGGAUUCUCAGAAGAAGAAGACCGAAUCAUUUGCAGCUUAUACAUAAGCAUAGGUAGCAGGUGGUCUAUAAUUGCAGCUCAAUUACCAGGAAGAACUGAUAACGAUAUAAAAAAUUAUUGGAACACCAAGCUCAAGAAGAAGCUUUUAGGGAGAAGAAAGGAGCAGAAUUCAAGAAGAGAUUCGAAUGCAGAUGCGAGGAACUCGCCAUUGAUGGACUCUUUGAGCACCUCUGCCCUCGAAAGAAUGCAACUUCACAUACAGUUGCAGAGCCUUCAUCACCCUCUCUCUCUCUUAAGCCCCUCGAUUUGGCCGAGGUUUCCGCCUCUCUUUGACGGAAACAGCAUCGAAAACAACAAAAACACGGCGCGGAAUUUCAUACCCAAUGAUUUUGCAGGAAACCUAAUUGGAAAACCUCCAAGCAACGGUAAAAUCGGUACCGAAACUGAUGAGAGAGAGAAUUCCACGAAUGGGUUAUCUUCCCCUCACUCUACUCGCUUCAAUGGGGACUUCAUCUCUCAGGAAAAGCCGGUUGCGAACUCAGGCAUGAGCCUGGAGGCCAUUGAUGGGUUUUUAAUGGAGGAGGGCGAGCUGCAAAAUGGAGAAACCAGGGGCUUUUUAGAGAGGGAAACAGAUAGAGAUGGGCUCGACUGUUUUAGAGAGAUGGAGAGUACAAGUGAGAAUCUGGCGUUGUGGGUUAACGAUUCGGAAUCAGGGUCUUUCAAUUCAUGGGACACUGCGUAUAUCCUUGGGACAGAGGAGUAUGAUUUGGAGCAUCAUCUACAGUAGACACAAGUACUGUUUGUGUGUAUAGAAAGGGACACUUGGAGAACUUCAAGGGUCUACGCUUUGGAUGUAAAGACUUGAAAGAGAAGAAAAAUA